AUGCAAUGGAACCACAUAUCAAUUCAUUGCGCUACAACAUUUUAUUUCUUUCUAACACUUCGCUCGUCAGUAGCACACGUUUGCCCCUCAACAGCCGUACCAGGAGGUGGGAAGUAGGCUGUUAUCUCGUUCAAUUCUAAUUUUUUUCAGGUGUGCUUCGUAACAAAACAUGUCCAGAUUUUAAAGCAAAGCCUACGUUUAUUCACUGCUGCACCUCCAAACUUCCACCGACCAAUUCUUUUUUGAAAGAAAAACACGGAGUGUAUUGUUGUUCACUGGAAGAUUUUGAGAAAGAAAAACAGGAACUGGCCAAUGUAGAACUCAGAAACUUCUUGAAAGAGUGGGUUUCUUAAUUAAAAAAAGAAAUGAGUAAUUUCUCUAAAAAAUUUCUCUAUAGUGUUCUUCGCUUAUCUCUUCGCUUCUUCUAUUGAUUCUCGUGAAAAUGAAUUCGAAACAUGACCGAAGAAACUUGUGCUAAUUAGAUUUGGCCUUUUCCCUUUUUCCGUAAUAAUGUUAUUUUCCGUCUCCAUAUAGUGGGCAACCUUCUAAGAUUUUUUUGGCUUCUCUAUUCCAUUAAGUUCAGCGAAACAACCCAUUCUCUAAAAUUUCUUUUGCGAUUCCUUUUUAUUUGCUUUUGUUUUAUUCUGCAGUUUCUGAAAGACAACUGCUCUUUUUCCAUCCUUUUUUAGUCAGUGGAAAAGUCAAUCUUAUAACCCCAUGAGACGUUUAGUUUCAACAGAGCUACAAAUCAUAAAAACACUUUACGAAAAAUGUCUUGUGCUUCGUCUCUCUAAAUCUCGACAUCUUACAUUAUUCGUAUGCUACAUAUUUUCCAUCCCUCCCUGACUUUCUCUCUUUCUCGCUCUCUCUCUCUCUCUCUCUCUCUUUCUCUCUCUCGUUAUCUUCCACUUUCUUAUGUUCUCGUCACGAAAUCAGAUUGGCAGAAGUCUUUUCGCAAAAUCCAAUCUCGUAAAUAGAUGACAACGGUCACAAGAAAAAAAAAUGACAGCAACUAUUUAAAGCAGACUUGCAACGGGCCGGGCCGGGCCGGGCCAAAAUUGGAAAUUUUCCGGCCCGGCCCGGCCCGGUCGGCCCGGGAGGAUGCACCUAAAAAUUCAAAGCGAACUAGAACUUCGAAACGAACAUUAUUUUAUAGACUUAAAAAGGCAAUGUUAUAGCAUAAAAACCUGUUAAAAAAUAGAAAUUGCUGUUUAAAGUCGCAAAAUUUUCACAAAAAUUACGAAAAUUUUCUCAAGAGUGGGCGGAGCGAUUGAUUGCAACUCUGGCACGCCAUUUUAGCAAUUUUGCCGCACGCGUUUUCCUCUUCCUUCAUAUUUUUUUUGCAUAUUUUUUUUGAGGUCUAACUUCCGGGCCGACCGGGCCGGGCCGGGCCGACGAUUUGCUGGCCCGGCCCGGGAUUUGGCAAGUCUGAUUUAAAGAUGUGGGCUGGCAUAGAAAGAGAAAAGUGAAGAGUUUCUUCGUAAGAUUUUCUAUAAUUUUUACAGAUAUCUUGUUCCAAUAAUAUUCGGGACUGUUCUCAUUGUGUCAUUGUUUGUUAUAGUUACUGCAAUAGUUUGUAAAAAGAUUCCUGGUUGUCCUAUGCAUCAAGGAAUUCAAAGUAAGUUAAUGUUUCCCACACAAUAAUAUAAACCAUUUAUAGUGAUAACUAGCUCGAACGAUUCACCGGCGGCAAUGUAUCGACCCGUUGAUCAAAUUCCAUCCAAAAUGUAUGAAGCCCCACCACCAUACGAAUGUUUUGUUCCACCUCCUAUAGCAUCAACUGUCCAAGAUAACUGCGAGUGGAAUUGCAUUCUGGAAAAUGAGGUCAGAUUCACGGCGUUGUACUUCAAACAAACUGCUUAAACGUUAUUCAAUGUUUUUUCUAACUUUGGCAUGUGUAAUCUCAUAUGGGCUCAUUCUGUCGGGAAAAAAACUCAAUUAAAAACGGGAAAAAGACACACAUUUUUUCAAUUUUUUUCCGGUGUUGAAUCUAAAUUUCAGCUCAAUGGAUCUCGACGAACACCUCCACAGAUAACUUAG